AUGUACGAAGGGAUUGACAACCUGAAAUCCCUUUACGACCGUGCCGGGAAGACUUUCUCCAGCGGUCCUUCUGCGGUACAGGACGUUCUGCAUCGUACUGCUCGACCAGACCCAGUACGUCAACCAUCAGUGGGGAGCGGGGCUCCCAAGUAUCCCAGUACGGGGGAUAGCCGCGCCACCGGAAGAGAUAACUCGUCCGACGUCCGUUCACGUCGCGGUGGUUCAACAGCUGCUCAACCAGAUAGCGCUGGCCACCGCGAGAGUUCUCUAAUGGAGUUGGAGGAGGAUGGAAGACGCUCUCCACACAAUCGUGGGGAAGCGUGUGUUCCCGAGAGAUUCUUUGAUCGCGUAACGCAAGGGUUACGCGGCGAUCUCGAACAUGAGCGGGACAGGCGUCUCCAACUGGCGGACACUGUCUCGAAGCAUCGUGCUGAGUUUGCCAUUGCUCAUCUUGAGAACGAGAGCUCUGACGUCUCUGCGUGA